AGUCUGCAGCCGGAUCAGCGGCCGUGAUGGACCUGAACAGCAGGACGAUAAAACAGGCCACGAGCUGCUGGCGCUCAGGCUGAGUAAAGAGCUUCAGCACAAAGACGACAUCAUCCAGUCCCUCCACACACAGUUACAGCAGCGCCCGGACACGCCCUGCAGCAGCCACGCCCAUUCUGAGACCACCGACCAAUCAGAAUGUACCUCGUUCCUGUCUGACGAGAGAGGCUCCACCAAUGAGGAUGCAGAUCUGUGCUCUGACGUCGACGCCUCCAGUGAGUGUGUGGAGGACGAAAGGAGACCAGACAGAGUGUUCAGCACGCCACACUCUCUGUCCGGCUGUCAGCUGACCGCACACACACAGAGCAGGAUUCAGCCAAUCAGAGGCGUUGAUGGAUCGUCAUGCUAUCAGUCAGGUGUUGAUGUGAUCGAGGAGCACCUGAGAGAGAUUCGGUCUCUACGGCAACGGCUGGAGGAUUCCAUCAGGACCAAUGAGAGGCUGAGACAGCAGCUGGAGGCGCGGCUAACCCCUGCGGCCAGAGACACGGUGGCUCCAACCAACAUCUUUAUCCAGAGUCCUGAUGCUGUGAGUCGCCUGAGCACUGAAGUCAGAACACUGAAGGAGGAACAGCUGGAGCUGCAGGCCAGACUACGAGCCAGCAGAGACAGCUGUGAGGAGGCGGAGCAGCUUCGGGAGGCGGUGCUUUCUGGGCGUGUCCGUCUGCAGCAGGCGGAGCUAGAGGCGGAGCAAUGGAAGGAGGAGCUGAGGAGGCUGCAAACGCACAACUUUGAGCAGAGCCAACAAAUACAACAAAUGCGGCAGGACAGACACAACAACCAGGAGGACAACAGCAGGCUGCAGCACAAGGUCUCCUCCCUCCAGCAGCAGUUAGCAGAGAGCCGGUCACUGCUGCGCUCCCUACAGAGUGAACUGCAGCUGUACGAGCGAGUGUGUGGCGUCAGGACAAGCAGCGCUGCAGGGCUGGUGUGUGAGCUGCAGGGCCCAUCGGGGGACUGGUCUGAGCUGCUGCUGGAGGUUCGGGCUCUAAGGGCUCAGCUGGAGAACUCUGCUCUGCGCACACACAUGCAGAAACAGCUGGAGCAGUGCAGCGAGCCGCGUCCGUCGCCCACCAUCCCUGCCAGCCCACUGUACCGGCGCCAGCUGCUGCACGACCCGUCUCCUUCUCCUCCUGUCAGAGAUGUGGGUCCGUUUCCCAGCGGGCCGCUGUACUCACCGUACUCCGAGAUGGAGGAGAGCGUGCUGAACACUCACGACGCGCUGGAGCCGCACACAGAGCUGCAGGGAGAUGCGCCAGACGGAUGCUACGCUAACGCUAACGGCAGACACGCGGUCGCACAUGUGCAGGACUACAGCGCACUGCAGCAGCAGCUGACGGAGGGGCGAGCGGCGGCACAGCGGGUGGAGGAGACACUGCGGAGGGUGCUGGGCUACACUGUGCUGCACACACUCCUGCCGGACACACACACACUGCACACACUCCUGGCGGACACACACACACUGCAGCAGGUUCUGGAUGAGGCUGUUUCUCUGCUGAAGAUGUUCUGGCGCGCGGCUCUGCCCAACACUGACGGACACACACACCUGCUGCAGAGGGAGCUGCAGGCGCUGCGGCUGCGGGUGCAGGAACAGGAGGAGCUGCUGCAGGGAACCGUCCAGCGUCUGCGCAACACCAGCCGGAGCAAAGAGAACAUGGAGAACUACAUCCUGAGCCAGCUGUCGCGGACGCGAGACGUGCUGAAACAGGCCCGGGUCAAUCUGGAGAAGAACGAGCGCAGGAUUUCCUCUCUAAGCUCCUCCUCUUCCUCCCUUUGCCAUGGUAAAGUCUUCCCCGGUGGCUCCGCAGGUUCUUCUGCUUGGUCUCGCAUGACCUCUGCGUGCCCUGUGAUCACCAUGGAAACAGCUGUUUUGCAGCAGCCUGCCAGAAAGCGUGUGAGGGCGUGUCUUCCGCUCGACUCCACCCACUAGACCAGCCGACGCCUCUGACUCCGCCCCACCGCUUGCCUGUUGAAGGUGUUUGUGUGCAGAAUGUGGACACAGGCUGCCGGAGCUCUCGUGUUCAGUCCAGCACAGAUGCAGGAGCGAGCGUCUGUUUCCUCUGAGCAUGUCAAACACCUUCCUCAAGCCUCUCCGCCUGAUCUGCUUGCUGUAUGUGUAGUGCUAUAGUGCUGUGAUGAGGAUGAUGAUGAUGGUCGUUGUCAUCAGAGCUGCUGACUGAGGUGGGGCGAUGCGUUCAGGGUCUGCGUGAUGCUCGAUUACAGUAACUGUUCUUGUGUUAGUGCGGUUCACCAAACAUGCCAAAGUUAGCAUUAAUGCCAGUCAUCAGCUGAACCCACUGACCCACUCACCGACCUCCCGCUGGGGAUCAUUUCUCUCAGCUGUACAGAAGUAGACACACACAUAUAUAUAUAUGAAUGCCUUGUUCUUUCACCCUGACUGUGGACGUUUGCUCUUGAAUAUGCAGAUUAUUAAACUCUGGGUAGCUGUGCAGUAGCCCACUGAUGAUGAUGAUGAUGAUGAAGAUGUAAUCAUAUUAGCGUAUUUACCGUGUUCUUUACCGCAGUGUCUGAACUGUUGCCUGAAAUACUGCAGAAACGCCUCAAGUCUCCUGUGUAGGAUGAAAACAGGAGCUGUAAGUGCUUGUGCUUUGCCUUUAAUAGCCACGCUCAUGAUGAAGCAAUAUUAAUAUUAAUCUGUAAAGGCCUCGACCAGCGUGCAGGAUCAGUCUGCUUAAUUCAGAACCACGGAAGAGAACCAGGAGCGUCUGGAUUAAACAGCAGAGGAGGAGAGCUGCUGUGCAUGUGCUGGUUCUGCAGCGGUGUGUGUGUGUGUGUGUGUGUGUGUGUGUGCUGCUUCAGCUCAUUGAUUAUCAUGAGUUUGUGAUGUGAAUGUGAAACAGAAGAGGAUGCCGACACACGAGCCGCUCAUACAGGACUCUGUGUCUGAUGAUGAUGAUGAAGCUGCUUCAGGAUUUGCUCAUCAAUAAAACAGAAAGCCACUGCUGCAGCGUA